CCUCCCCCGCGCGCCACCCCUUGUUUCCCUCCCCGGGCCGCAAGAGAAACAGUGCCCUCUCCCUUCUUGACCCCUGGCCCUUCCCUCCUUCUUUCCCUCUUGCCGCCGCUGCUUCUGGCGCUGCCGCUCCCGGAGGAGCUCCCGCCACGGUGAUGGGGUCUCGGGCCUCCACGUUAUUGCGGGACGAAGAGCUCGAGGAGAUCAAGAAGGAGACUGGCUUUUCCCACAGUCAAAUCACCCGCCUGUAUAGCCGCUUCACCAGCCUGGACAAAGGGGAGAACGGGACUCUCAGCCGGGAAGAUUUCCAAAGGAUUCCAGAACUUGCCAUCAACCCACUGGGGGACCGGAUCAUCAAUGCCUUCUUCUCAGAGGGAGAGGAUCAGGUAAACUUCCGAGGGUUCAUGAGAACGUUGGCUCAUUUCCGACCCAUUGAGGAUAAUGAAAAGAGCAAAGAUGUGAAUGGACCGGAACCACUCAACAGCCGGAGCAACAAACUGCACUUUGCUUUCAGACUCUAUGACUUGGAUAAAGAUGACAAGAUCUCCCGUGAUGAGUUGUUACAGGUACUGCGAAUGAUGGUCGGAGUGAACAUCUCAGAUGAGCAGCUGGGCAGUAUUGCAGACAGGACCAUCCAGGAGGCUGACCAAGAUGGGGAUAGUGCCAUAUCUUUUACAGAAUUCGUUAAGGUUUUGGAGAAGGUAGAUGUCGAACAGAAGAUGAGCAUCCGAUUUCUUCACUAAAGGACAGAGACCAAAUUAUUCUUGCUUUCUAGUAUUUAAGAACUGAAACCUCUUCUGUCCUCCAGCCCCAACCCCAUCCUGUCAUCUCCUUUUCCCGGAAUACUACAGCUCUUGCAUGACAACCUGAAGUCUCUCCCGUCCAUACAAACUUGCCUUUGGUGUAUAAACAGGGCAUUGCAGAAUGGUACCCUCUGUCUAUUUCUGUUCAGCAUCCACCCACCAGGUCGUUAUUUGUAAGUACCAUCUUCCCCUGUUUUGCUGUUGAGUGCCAUGCAUCCCUCCUGUCUGAGGAAAUGAAACAGGGACCCAUGUUAAGAACCAGCCAGCACAGCCCCCCCCCCCCCAUGGGGACCGUAUCCAUGCGGCCUUCCCUUCACCGAGCCUCCACUGUGUUUCUGUGUCCUUGUGUCCUUUUGUCCUGUGUCUGUUACUUCCUACCUCUCUAUCAUCCAACCAUGUCUCCAUUCAGUCUUUCAGCUGCCUUCCUGUCGCUGAGAUUCCCUGCAUUCUACUUGACUCUGGGCUCUGCUGUUAAGCCUAUUUCUGAUGUAGCGGGAUAGUUAGUGGUCUAGUGGUUUAUAUCUACCUUCUGAUGUGUUCUGAUGUGUCUCUGGGACAUUGCCUAUCCAGGUUCUCUUCAGCAAGCAGUACUGCUCUUGGAAGCAUAUGACUCCCUUGGUCCCCUGUAUUGCUCUGUCAUCACGGGGCUUAUGAGCAGACAUGUUCUUAAAAGGUGGUCAUGGGGAGGCUUGUAGAGCCAUGUCUCCUAGGUGGCUUCCCAAGUCUCUCUACCUCUGACUUUUUAUUUUCAAACAUCUUUAUGUGGCUUUUCUGGGUACAGUGUCAACAUUCAGAAAAUAUUUUAAUGCCUGCCAGUUUACUUCUCUUUGGGAUAUUGUCACCACCCAAGUGGCUCUUCUGACAAUAUGGUAGAAGGCCUUCUUAUAGUUUUCUGAACAAUGCUAGGCAUGUUCUCUACAGCAUGGGUUAUGCCUCAGUGUUCUGUACACUGGAAGAUUCCUCACAUUUCCAAACAGAAAGACUAGUGUUACAGAAGUGCCUGACGUAAUCUCAGUCCUAAAGAAUUAGAUUGUCCUCAGUGUCUUAAAAGUUUUGCACAAAACUCCGAAUGAAUUUUAUACUUGGCAAAUUUGAAUGCUGGAAGAUGGCUAGUCAGUUGAUAAUCCUGGUCCAGGCAUUGAAUGUAUUGUCUCACGACCUUCCUGAUGACAUGACCUUCUGAGCUCCUUGUGUACACUAUUCAGAUCCCUUAGAAGCACGAGCUUGGGACUGGAGCACCAGCUGAGGUGACAUUAGAGGUCUUUGUGUGACCCAGCUCAACUUCUCUACCAAUUUCAGCUUGAUUGAGAUUUCACUGAAUCAGGCUGCUUCUGUCCUAUGUGAAUCCGCUUUUGGCUGGCUUUCUCUGAUUUUGCUUGCUUGCUUCGUUUCUUUGGAAGGCUAUCCAAGAUGUUUAGGAGAGAUAUUUAGGAAAUAAAUUGCUAUUAACCCAAACAAAAGCACUGCCUACCGAGAGGGCUGGUGAAGAUGAGCAGGAGAGUGGCUGGGAGAUGGCCGGGGUCCACAGGAACCGGGGAGUUCUUAAAAAUAUCUGUCAGACUUUGUGAUCAAAUGAUGCGAUAUACGAAUUGUAUAAAGGGAAUAAUUGUCUGAUACUGAUCUGUUUGAGAAGUACUUGAGAAGCUUCUUGAUUUAAAUAUUUAAACUUUCUAAGAUUAUGCCCCCCUUGGCUGUAUAGCAAACUGUUUUUAUCCACAGUUGUGCCUUAUUGUCCCAUUAAAAUUGUAUUCCUCAAUUCAUCAAUAAAUUAAUUGUCGUUAAAACA